AUGUUGCGGGCGCGGCUUGCCACCGUGCUGCUCUACUACUCGAUUUGUGAAAUAGCAACCAACACCUACGUCGCGACUACCGCCUUGCGUCUCCACCAUUCUAAAGUGCGCGAGUGCAGUGCGUGCUCGCGGGCGUGCUCGAAGAUGGAGGCGGAAACGCUUUGCGGGGAAACCUACCGAAACUACACGGCGGCGGCCAUGAAGCCGGUUUCCGGCUGUAAUUGCGAAGAGGACGGCUGGAGCUACCCGUACCUGAAUCCGGGGGGACCGGCGGGGGGCCAAUUCACUUGGAAGUGCUGCUUUGAUCAUUACUGCAUUCCCGAGCCUUAA